GCCGGUCAUCGGAGCCGUUCUUUUUGCGGGCCUGGUGUCGUUGGACUGGGGUGAGGGCAGGCACGCCGUGUCUAGGGCCUCGCUGCCCUCCCCGCUCGAGCAGCGGCCGGACAUUCGCAAGAUUGUCGAGAACUCCGUGGUUUUGGCCAAGGUGACUCCGUCCCUGGUCGAUGAUGAUAACGAGGAGGCAGUGGAUGCCCUCCAAGCUUCGGAGGCGGCCUCCUCCACCGAGACGGGGGAGCUGGCGCUGUCCCGACGAGCAGCUGUGCUUCUCGCGAUGGCCAAGGAGCUUUCGCAUGAGCCUGCGAAGCGUGAGAAGAUGGACAAGGCAAGCUCGGAGCCAAAGAAAGCAGGGCUGCUGGCGGCCAUCCAGGCCGUGGCCGUGGAGAGCACUAACGAGGAGGAUCAGGAGAUGGAGGGGGAUGGCACUGGCUGGAGCGAGCGCUACAGCAGGAUUGAAAGCCAGAAGGCUCCAGACCGGCAACUUUGUCGGUGGCUGCAGGAAGCUGCUCAUUUAUUGGCCUCCAUGGAGCGGGAAGAGCGCAGCGAUUCAGCCAAGCAUCUUCAACUGUUCGUGGUGAAGUCCUUGCAGGUCUUCAGCGACGCGAGGGACUCUGACCUGACGAACCUGGCCGGUGAAGGACUUUCCGAAGCCGUGGAGCAGCUCUGGAGCAAGCUGCGCUUCUCCGAGGCCAAGGCUCUGAGGGGACGGCUGCUGACAGCCAACCUGCUGUCGAAGCUUUCCACCACCUCUCUUGAUGGCUUUGAUUCGGAAACCUGGCUGAACAAGGCUGCAUCGCUCGAGGGUGUUGAGCUCUCAUCGCAGAGGGCGAGGCUUCUUCAGGGGCUUUCUAGCAGCCGGCGCCGAUCGGCUAGGCUCCUAGCAUCGCUUCUGCGGAGAUGGAACCACGAAAGCGUGGGGGAUCAGGAACUUCUGUGGACUCAGAAGGCCGUGGAGUCCUUGCAAAAGGCGUGGACCUCGACAGAUUGUCCGGAAGCAUGGGUCAGCUUCGCCAACGUCGGCAGGAUGAGCAAGAGCUGCCUCGAGAUUGCUAAGAAGUGUGAGAACCAGAAUCGGCCGAAGUCCUCGCAGAGCUUCCGCGAAAUCGCGCACAAGCUACAGACUGAAGUCUUUGCCUGGCGCCUCGGGCACGCCCUGGCAUCUGCGACGCCAAAGGAUUUCAGCCAAUACGAUGCAUUGCAUCUGGAAUCGGAGCAGAUGACGAGCGAGGAAGCCGGCUUCGUGAUUCUUCGCCAGAGUGCUGCAUGGAAGUUGCUGCAGCACCUGAAGCUCCAGGGCCCCAAGUCGGGCGAUUUGGAUUUCACCAUUGCAAGCCAGGAAUCGAUCGAGGAGUUUGCCAGGGUCAUGACGGCACUUCGUGCCGUUCGUGAGGGUGAGGAGCUGUCACACGCAGCGGAUGGUUUUUUGCGGCGUUGCUUGCCUUCGGUUGCUGCGAUGGUCCAUGCGACGGAGAGCGUGGGACAAGCCAUGCCAGAUCCUGUGCGGCUGGAACGCUUCCACGCAUCAGAGCAGAACCUCCACGAUUGCUUGAAGACGAGGUUGAGCUCGCACCUCCAAAUGAAGCUCGGCAACUGGUCGCUUCCGUCGCUUCCACAACGUCAGUGGGAGCAGGAGCUUCAGACCCGGAUUUCGGAGUCGAGCAACCAGCUCAACAUCCUCAUGCGGGUGCGCGUGUACAAAAGGUACCGUCGCUGUGCAGCCAUGGGCGGUGGCGACGGAGAAUCUGCGCCCUUACAGAUUCCUGGUGCCGUCUCUGACGGCUGCCCGGCUUUCGCAGAUGGCUGCCCCUACAGCAAGAACGACGAGAUGCUGGAGUGGAUCAAGGAAAAGCGAUCUGAUGCGAUCGGCGCUUGCCCUGCCUUCAAGGAAGGGUGCCCCUUUACGGAUGCCAGCGACAUCACGAAACUCCAGGCUCAGCUUGCUGCACUUCCCCCCAGCCAUGCCGGCGAGGCGCUGGGCGAAAAGAAGAAUACGGCUGUGCUUUACAAUCUGGGCCCUGUCUUCCGGUUACUGGAGAGAAGAGAGAGAGACCAGACUGCAAUGGCACUGACCGUGGAGGUUGCGCGCCUUGACGGCUCCGUGGUGCAAAAGCUUGUGCCACCAGAGGAGACGGUGCUUGGCCUCAAGAGAUUGCUGGCAAGUGAUGCGGGCCUUUCUACUGCCCAGUUCCGAUUGUUGCUUGACGAUCGGGCCCUGCGAAACGAGCUGUGCCUUUCAGCAGUGGCGACAGACGACAUAUUGUCACUGCAGUUCGUAUCUGUGCCAGUGCAGCGAGCUGGAUCGACUAUUAGUUUUGUGGCCUCCUUUGACAGGGAUUCCUGCUCUGGUUGGACAGUUGCUGCUCAGGGCGUGAUCCAAGAGCUGCGGACAGCCGGAGUGGAACAGGGCCAGGUUCUGUGGAUCGACUUUCACAGCUCCGGGGCAGAGGCCAAGGCUUGCGCCUACUUCUGCACUGAGCUGCCGAGCCGGGGCGACCUCGAAGUGGCCUUCGAGGUCAAGUCAGGCUUCGACAUGCAAGAGCUGCAUCGGUGGGCAUGCUCACAAGCCAGUGGCAGGGAGAUCAUCUCCAUCACGAUGAGUUCUUCUUGUAUGUGGGGAAGGCCCCUGACUAUUGCGAUCUUCUACUAUGCGGGAGAGCUGUCGCAGGUCGGAGACGUCCGAUGGAUUUCGGUUGGUGGUGGAGCUUGGGAGUUUGCAGCUAGUCAGCUGGCCGUGGCACUGCGUGCUGCGGGGGUUCAGCGCGAACAGCUUCUGGCGGUUGAUGCUCACAAUGAGCACCCAGACGAUAAUGCCAUGUUCUGUGCCUACUACACGGCAGCACGACAAGGCUCCGGGCCCGUGGCGCUGGAUUGGAGGGCCUUCAACCGACAAUGUGAUUGGCAGGUGCAUUACCUCAAUGGCAGCUCCGUUGUGAAAGACGAAGAGGUGACAUCAAUCACAGCGUCCUCGAAUUGUGCGGGUCGCACUGUGCAAUACGCGUUCUGGCAAGCUGCCGGGGAUCUUCCGGAGCAUUUCCACGUCGAAAUGGCCAACGAUGCAUGGGAAGAAGCUGCAAAGGAGCUCCUUCGCAAGCUUGUAGAUGCUGGCGUGCAGCAGGGACAGGUUUUGUCCAUCGAUGCUCACAACAAGGGAUGGAAUAGCGCUGCAGUCUUGCUGGCAGUUGUGCGACGAAGCCGGCCUGGACGUGGGCCUCUUGAGCUCAGCUGCCAAGUGCGCCGCGAUGGUGGCUGGGAGCUUCUUUAUCGGUGGGCCGACCAGGCUGCAGUGGGCAAGCAGGUUGUGUCAGUGACAGGCUGCAGCUCGGGGCCGGGCAGCUGUGGACUGGCCUUGCUUCUGUUUCUGGCAGAACCUCGACCGGAGAUGAGCGCUGUGGACCAUGUUGCAAGCGCCGCCGGGAGCUGGAACGGUGCUGCUGACGAGCUGCUCCAGCUGCUCCAGAAUCGAGGAGUGCAACAGGGACAGCUGCUGAGUAUUGAUGCCCACAACACGGAGCCCGACUCUCACGCGAGGUUCAGUGCUCAUUUCUCGAGCUCGCUUCCUGGCUGUGGGCCCUUGCGGCUGACCUACAGAUGCUCGAACACCCUCGGUGAAUGGCCGGACGUGCACUGGCAAGGUAUCGUCAGGGCUGCCAGCAAGACCACCGUGGCGACGACUGGCUCGAGCAAUGAGAGGGGUAGAGUCCGUGUCCUGUUCAACUCCGAGACCUCGGCGAAAGCUUUCCUGCCCAUAGAGAUGCGACUGCGCUGGAAUGCGACGACCGCAGAGGUGACAGUCGGUGGCAAGCCACAUGAAGCUCUCAUGGACAUGCUGAAGACAGUCCACAAGGCGUCCCAGUCGAUGAAGCAGACUGUGGGAGCCGAUUGCCCUGUCUUCCAGGAGGCCUGCCCCUUCAAGAACUGCAUCACAUCGAGUGGCACUCCCUUGGCCAUGGAGUUGGAAUGGCGUUCCUGGGGGCUUUGGAUCGGUGACGAACAGGCCCAACUGGCCGAAGUGCAAGAUGAGGGAUUGGCCUGCAAGCUGAAGGAAGGCACCAAGGAGGCUCACCAGGCCGCCGAGACGGUGCACUUCGUCAAGGAGUUCGUGCGGGGCAGGGUGUCGCGGCAGAUCUAUGCCCAGUUCGUGGUAAACCUCUAUCACAUCUACGGUGCGCUCGAGGAGGCUUUAGAGGCAAAUGCUGAACAUCCUCUGAUUGAGAGCCUCCACUUCCCGGAAGAGUUGGAGAGGACGGCAGCGCUCAAGCAGGAUGCUGCAUUCUUCCUUGGCGAGAAUUGGCAGAAUGAGACGCUGCCAUCGAGGACGACAAGAGAAUACGUCAACAGGAUCAAGCAGGUUCAGAAGGAGUCGCCGGAGCUUCUGAUCCCGCAUGCCUACACCAGGUACCUUGGUGACCUCAGUGGUGGCCAGGUCCUCAAAAAGGCCGCGAUACGGGGCAUGAAGCUUCCUGACGAUGACUCGGGUGACUUAGAUGCACAUGCUGCUGCCCCCUCAACUUCCCCUUACCGGCCCGGCAUAUUGACACGUCCAAUUCUUCAGGUUGAGACAUGUGAAAGUUCGAAGAGAGAUCACCUUGCCUAG